AAUGAACUAUCUUUUGUUAUUUCUGUACAUUUACUAAAGUUCAAUGCUUUCCAUAUUUACUUAGAUUAUGCCUAUUUUACUUGCAGAACAUGGAUUUAAUUAUGAGUAGUAAGGCCUAUUCUCCUUGGUGGCCUAUCCAUUUUUCUUCAAGAUCAUAUUUGCCCCUUUCAUAGACCUAUUUCACUUUAAGUCUUUGGGUAGAAGAAGGAGGUACAUUUUUUAAUUGAAAAUAGUUAUAUUUUACCAUGUACAAUAUUAAUGUCUUUUAAUUUGUUCUGGUAGUCUAGUCUAGAUAUUCAACAUAAUUAUCUCCUUUUUUGCCUUAUAGGAUUAUUUAAUGCAACAUUUUUAGGAAUGCAAGAUAUAGCUAUAGAUGGAUUUGCUGCAGAUCUAUGUAAAAAGAGUAAUGAAAGUUCUGCUCAUAUAUUGAAUGUAGGUUAUACUAUAGGUAGUUCAUUUUUGGCCAAUUUCAUUUUUCAUUCUCUUAAUAAAUAUUAAUUAUGUUCCUUAUCUACAUAUUUGAAAAUGAUCUCUGUAUUUGGAUUGUUGAUGGCAACUUAUCUUUUAUUAAAAGUAAAGGAAGAACCAAAUACAUAAUUAAUAAGAAAACUUACUGGAUUCAGACAAGUCAUCAAAGGUAUAUUUGGAAAUGAGAAUUUGAUCACACUUUCCUUACUCUUAUUCUUUGAUAGAUAUGGAGUAGCACCAAUUGAAUCUACAUUUAGAAUUAAAUUGACAGAAUUAAAAUUUAAUAAGGCUUAUGUGUCAUUUAUGGAUACAGCUAUUAUUCCUCUAAAAAUAGGUGUUGGAUUUGUUUAUCAUAAAUAUUUUAGUAAAUACAAUUUUGAAUAUUAUGGUUAUGUUUAAGGAUUCAGAUUAAUUUCAUGUCUCUUUGCAAUAUUGACUGUUUUUCUGGUUGAUGUUGUCAAAGUAAAUGAUACCUUAAGUUAUAUUGCAUUAUUCAUAGCAAGUACAACAUGGUGGAUAGUUUUUAAUUUGACAUUUAUUGUUAGAGUAAGUAUAUUUUGAAUAUUGAUAGGGAAACUUUUAAAUGAAGAUAACAACUCCAGGAUAUGAAGCUACAACCUUAGCUUUAAUGAACAGUUUAGGAUCAUUGGGUGGUAAGACUGGAUUUUCUUUAUGUAUGUUCUUAACUGAAUAUGUAAAUUAUUAUUGUUUUGCAUGUUUUGCUUUGGUAGCUUAAUUGUUAUUCACCCUAAAAUCUAUUAAGUUGUACAAAAGGCUUUACAAUGUUCCAUUGGAGAAAUAUAGUAUAAUUAGAUAGAAUUUGAAAUCAGAAUGAAGAAUAUAUAAUAGAAAUUAAUUAUAAUAUAAUUGUGUUUUUAAU